AUGCGUGAUCGGCUGGCCAAGUAUCGGGAGGAGGCGGAGGUCAACCUACGCGCUGCCCAGCGGUCCCAGAAGGCGUGGACCGCUCCUAGUCCCACGGCAGAAGCGUCAGUCUGGACCAGGAACCGCUGUUCGAAGUCGGGGCUCCGCAGCACCGGCGAUGAGCAGAGGCAGGACUUGAGGGCCUGGAAGGCUGUCUCGCAGUCCUCGUUCCAGACGACCGGGUUCCUCUGGUCCUUCAUCGUCAGCGCGGUCAGUGGAGCUGCGAUGGUGGCGAACUGUGGGACGAACCGACGAUACCAGCCGGCCAAGCCCAAGAAGGACCUCACCUCCUUCUUUGUGCGAGGGCGUGGACAGCUGCGGAUGGCCUCUACUUUGUCCAUCUGUGGUCGGACUUCUCCUCGCCCCAGCCGGUAG